UUAAUGUUUAACAAGUCGUGCAUUAUAAAUUUUUGUCUUGCAUGUGCAAAACUAAAUAAUGAGAUGCGAAAAUGGUGGUAGGGAGACAUAGCAGAAACAUAAUUAAUAUAUCCUACAUUAUGAUGUUUAAAUAAUGUCUAAAUGAUAAACAUGCAUGUUACUUUCAUUGAAUUUUGAAGAGGAUGGGAUUCCUCUUGUCUCCCUUCUCUGUAAUAUAUAUAGAGAAGAUUGCCAAUGGAAAGUAUAGGCAAAUAGUAGACUUCAUUGGAAAUUCAUCAAGAAGCAGUCUCCUUCCUGUGUUAGGAAACUAAAAUGGCAUCCUACCAUGUCCGGUCUAACAGCUUGCCGUCUAGGCCACACCCAAUCAUUCCUGAAUUCGAAGAGAAAUUGAGCCAAGCAAGGGCUUCUGAAGCUGCUUCUUCAUCAUCAGCAUCAACCUCAAUUAGCUACAAAUUGAGUGGACUUCAAGAUCUGCAUGAUUGUGUUGAUAGGUUGCUUUUGCUACCACUCAACCAACAAGCCUUAUCUCAAGAGAAUCACAAGAAAUGGGUUAAUCAGAUAAUGGAUUCAUCUCUUAGGACCUUGGAUGUGUGCAACAUAGCUAAAGAUGCAUUGUUGCAAGCAAAGGAAUCUACACAGGCACUUCAAUCAUCCAUCCGCAGAAGGCGAAGUGGUAAAAUUGAGUUGUCAAGCGAGGUUAAAAAGUUUUUAACCUCUAGGAAAGUGGUGAAGAAGGCAAUCCAAGAGGCUAUUGGUGAUCUAAAGGGAAUUGAAAGUGGAUGCAACUUUAGUCCCUUGAACAAGGACAAUGAGACCGUAACAAUGCUGAGGGAGGUUCAAGCAACCACUCUUGCUGUAUUUGGAUCAUUAUUGUCCUUCAUUUCGGGGCCAAAGUCACAACCAAAGCCUAAUGGAUGGUCAUUCAUUUCCAAAAUAAUGCGCUCCACCAGAAUUGAGGAAGAGUCGCAACCAAAUGAAUUUGCAAGGGCAGAUUUUGCAUUGAAGUUGCUCAUCAGUCAGAACAUGAAGAAAUCUGAUAAUUUGAAUUUCAAGGAUGCACAAGACCAGCUUGAAGAAUUGGAAUUGUGCAUUCAAGAUCUUGAAGAAGGACUCGAGAGUCUGUUUAGGCGAAUGAUCAGGAUCAGAGUCUCCCUUCUAAACAUCCUCAACCACUAG